GCCUCGGGGCUGGCGCUGUGCCUGAUGCCAGAUCCCAGCAGGGGCGGUGAGCUCGCGUCCCACUGCCCGGGCCAGCAGGCGCUGCCCCCGCCAUGGCGCUGGGGGCCGCGGCAGUAGAAAUCAAAGAUGGAAGAGAAAAUCAAAUUUGGUAUUUGAAAAUAUCAAAACUAGCAUUGGCUUUUGCAAUUAUCCACUCGAAACCACCAGGGAAGAGUUCCAAAGAAUAUACUGAGCAUCUUGCCAAAACUCUGUCUGAACAAGAUUUUGGAUGGAAGUGGAAAGUUGAAGUGCUGGAAGCUGAAGUUCUUCGAUUAAGACAAGAACUUCUUUUGAACCGGAUCUGUCCAAGAUUCUGCUUGGUAAAUAGAAAACCAGGUACCUCUGCUGAAACUCUUCUGAAUCAAGAAUCUAUAAACCCUACGAAUUACUCAAGCCAGCUAGAAGACUCUGGAUGUGAUGUCUCUAAUGACUCUGCAUUUGAUUCUUUAGGCAUAGCUUCAGAUUUUCACCAAUCUGAGCAUAAUGUCAAAGUUCCCCCAUUGAAUCUUUGCCAUAGUAGCAAGGAGCGAUCUCUGACUGCUCCAGUACAGUUUUUGCAACACUUGCUUGAAAUAAGAAAACUGUCAGAAGGAGGAAUUCUUCAAGCAGAUUUCUCACAGCUUGAGAAUGAUUCUUUCACCAUAUGCAAUUCAGUGUCUCAGUUACUUGAUGGACUGACUGUUUUUUACAAGAGUCCUAAAUUUCCAGUUUCGAAUUUUCUUACUGAAGCAGUUUCUGUUUUGGUCAGUUUAAUAACUGAUACUAAACUAUCUAAUCAUGUUUUAAAAAAGUGUUUCAAGAAGCUGGAAGAAUUUAAGAAAAAUCUAAUUCAAAUUAUUUUAAGAAACAGCAGUGUCAAUAGGUUUCAGGCACUGCAUUCUGUAUCAGAAACACUGAUUUUGCUAGGAAGGAACAACACAUUAAGAAAUUCUUUAAUAUCACUUCUACUAUCAGAAGUACGUCAGUUUGCUGAGCAGCUGUUGCAGGCCCACCAGGUCCAGUCUGUGUAUGACAUUACCCAGUAUGAGAAUACUUUUCCUUUGUGCAUGAUUCUGGAACAACUUCUUCAAAAUAAGACAGAAGAAAGUAACGUUUCGAGCUCAGACUAUGAAGGAGAAGAAAAAAUCAAAUUUCUGAAGAACCUUGAUCAAAUUAUUCUUCACCUCUCAGAUGAAUUCCCUCUAUUUUCUUUAUAUUUAUGGAGAGUGAGUGUUCUUUUAAACUCAGCUGAAAUGCAAAUUGAUUAAAAGAAGCAGCCUACUUUUUAACAGUGCAUUUGUUUGGGGGGUAUGCAUUGGAAGGUUUUCGAGCCAGACAGGAAAAUUGUUGUUAUUGGAAAACAUUUAGUUUAAACUACUCUUCUAUACACCAGUUUCAGAGAUAAUGCAGUUUAUUUCCAAACUUAAAUGUAGAAAAAACUGUAAUAAUCCAGGUGCCAUUUUGAAUAAAUGCUGUUUCAUGUAAUGGAAAACAAUAUGUUGUUGUUUCUGUACACAGUGAAAAUGGAACACAGAAAGUUGUUUCAGGUGCUGUUUAAAAUAAACACUAUGAAUUUUAAAGUCGAGUCAUAAAAUGUGUGUAGAGAUUCCAAGUUAGGAAACUAUUGCCUGUCCUUUUAGAGUUGUGUAGCUUCUGUAUAAUUUAGAUACCGUGUCUGGUUGGCAGAAAUAGAAAUGCUUAUUUUUAAACUUGGUAACUCAUCAUUACAAAUACUUAUAGGACAUACUUUGUUAACAAUUUAAUCAAAAUAGUCAUUACCUGAGCAAAAUAAAAUCUGGUGCUCAGUUUUACAGCUUUCUUACACUCGUAUACUGUUUGGCUUUACUUGUGUAUGCACAAGUGUAGGUACAGUAGGCCUAAUUCAUUCUGAGUUGAGUAAUGAUUUCAGAGAUCUAAUCUGAAUAAAUAUAACUCAUUUAGUGGUUACUUUAAACGCCUCUGUUCAAAAUUAAUGAAUAUUGAUAAAAUCCUUUUUCUAUCUUUUCAUUUUAUCUGAUUUUUAAUUGUUGUUUUCCUGUGUGAUGGUAUUGUAUUCAUAGUAAUAAUUAAAGUAAAAUAUUUUAACAGAAAUUAUCUUAAACAUAAAAGGUCUUUAUAGUGUGAGUUCAAUAAUACCUUAACAGAACCAGAGUAUUUAAUUGAUCUAGAGGAUAACUAUAAUGAUAAACAACUUUUUUUUCUAGUAGACAAACAACAUUUUAGUUGUAUUAUGUCUCCUAGAAGUGCAUAUUUCCUGUAAAUAUAAAAAAUUUUGGGAAUUAGUCCUUAUCCUUCCCCUUGCACUUGUUUAAUCAGAUCAAUUUUUACGUCAGGAAAAUUCUCUGAAACACCAUUAUCUUGUUAAUUUGAAUGCAUUUAUUUUGUAAUAAACCUUUGCUUUAUAAAUAUGUAAAACACAUUAAUAUUUAGAAAGCAGGUGAAUUGGCAGGUAAAUUACUGUGAUGGUGAAUUGGCUCCCCGAAGAGUGUCUCUUAGUUUGACACUGGCCACUGUUCUGUUUCUUCAUAUUUGAUAUGUCAUAUGGUAACAUUUAUUUAAUGCUUUCUUUUAGCAAAUUUUUUUCAACAGAAAUGUUUGAUUUGCAAAGCAAGUAUUUCUGAAUAGUCACAUGACAAAAUCAGAUGAGUUUAGCCAAACUAAAGAAAAUAAAUAUAAGUUUUGUAGCUA